CCCCCCCCCUCCCUCUUUCUCUCCUCAUCACCCGUUCCUGAAUUUUUUCGACGUACCGUGAAGGGUUCCUUUUUUUUGUUUUUGACGGCUUGCAGAUCACUAUAAAAAAAGCACAUCCAAUUUGUCUCUAUACAUCAUGCUUUCAUUCGGCUGGGCCUUGUCCGUUGGCGCUGCGCUUUUGUUGACGAUUCAACAGAGCUGUAUGGCCGAGCCUGCGGGAGGCCAUUAUAAUCAUCAGGAAGUGACUAGACGUCAUCUAGAAGCGCGGGCCCGAAAGAUUGUAGGCCAACAAGACUCCUCGUCGCCACCAUGUGUCCGGAAUCUCUGUCCAUUAUCACUUCGAGGCCGAUCGGAGGAGACGGCCAGUUAUUCGUCCGGCCAGAAAGACUCUCAUGAGCCGGCUGCUCACCAAGCCGGCUCCGACACACCCGGGGCCACUGCAGAAAACAAGCCGCGCUUUCCAGGCACUCGUCAGACGGUGCCCAUCACCUGUGGAGACGGGACGAAGCCGCCGUGCGGCCAAGCCCGUCCGGAAGCGGACAAGAAGCCCCAUUUCCCGGGGACUCACCAGACAGCCCCCAUCACCUGCGGAGAUGGGACCAAGCCGCCAUGCGGCCAGACCCACCCAGAGUCAGACAGCCCACGCUUUCCUGGAACUCAUCAAACGGCGCCCAUCAAUUGUGGCGAUGGCACGAAACCGCCAUGUGGACAAGCACGACCAACGGUCGCCUUCCCAGCCACUCAUCAGACGGCCCCGAUCCUUUGUGGGGAUAGGAGCCAGCCUCCGUGCGGCCACGCCCAUCCAGCCGCCCCAAAGCGCUUCCCGGGCACCCAUCAAACGGCCCCGAUCAGCUGUGGCGAUGGGACCAAACCGCCCUGCGGGCCUCUGCGCUCAGUCGUCGCCUUUCCGGGCACCCAUCCCGGGCCCUGUGGAGACGACAUCUCCGCGCCUUGCGAUCCGAUGCAGCCCGCAAGCCUGGUUGGUGUCGACGCAACGGACGACUGUGGCCGCGGCGAUGGGAUCGUUGGGCCUUGUGUGAUGAUCACUGAUCCCGGAAGAGAACCUCCGCAUCCCGACCUUCUUCCUAACUCGACCGCCCCGAUUCCUGGAGCAGUAGAUGACUGUGGCCGCGGCGAUGGGAUUGAGGGUCCUUGUGUGAUCAUUGAUCCGGGAAGGGAACCUCCUCAUCCCGACCUUCUUCCGAACCCGGCCGUCCCAAACACUUGCCCGGACGGGUCCAAGGGCCCUUGCGCACACACGCAAUCACCUCAUCACAGCUCCAACUUCCCUGGCACUCAUCAGACUGCUCCAGUGACUUGUGGCGACGGCACUAAACCCCCAUGUCACUCCAAUGUCAAGGCCUAUUGAGCUUCUCAAUUUCAAGUUCUAAAAUUCGCCCAUCAGCUUUCUUCGGCGUCAUCGUACACCUGCGCCGCUCACAUGGGGUAAUCAGAUCAACAAACCCUCCGUCAACUUCUUUUUUUCCUCAUCAUUCGCCUCACUAAAAAUCGCAGUCUUCGUGUUUCUCCUUCCCCCCAUACAUUACAUACACAUGCGUAACUUAGUUCCUCUGAUCUAGAUUAUUGAGAUACAUAAGUCCAAAUCAGCGAUUUGUUUUUUUUCUUUGUUCUUCACAAGUUUAUUCGCAAUUUUUCCAGUAUUUUGUUUUUAUCUAAAUAAAUAAAUAAGUAAAACACGAGGCCUAAAAUCUG